AUGAUUCUCACACGGGAGGGAAGUAGAGUAGAUUGGGAUGAGAGUUUCCAUACGUUAUUUAUUCUAGCAAAUUUUCUCUAUGCUGUAGCUUCUACUGUAGCAGAAUGCGGUAUUCCCAUCUCAACCAUCUGCAAGUUCGCGAUUCAUCACACGAUACCAUCAGAAUCCCCAGAUGGAUGUUUAAGUGACAGCACCACAACAGAAUAUUUACAGACACGUUGAAGUCACAAAAAUCAUCAAAACCACAAAAGUUGAACUUGAAAUCUUCAUUUUGAACGAUUCAAGUAUCUACAUACUUCCAAUGGCAGCAGAAAUCAUCAGUGAUCUCGCGCAGGAAGUGUGA